UAUCUAUUUACCACUUUUUUUAUCCUAACAUUUUUUUUUCAUACUGUAGGUGUUAAAAGUGUAUUAGUUGCUCUWAUGGCCGCUAAAGCUGAAGUACAAUAUGAUUCUGCAUUAGUACAACCAGAAGAUGUGGCUAAUUCAGUUACUGAUUUAGGCUUUCCUUGUAAUGUUUUAGCUGACACAAAUUCACGUAUUACUCAAACUGAAUUUAGAAUUGGUGGUAUGACGUGUUCAUCUUGUGUAAACAAAAUUGAAUCAAAUUUAAUGAAACUGAAAGGAGUUCAAACAGCUAUAGUUGCACUCACAACUCAGAAAGGGGUAAUUACUUACGAUUGUGAUCUAAUUAGUCCACGAGAUAUUGCUGACCAUAUUGUUGGUCUAGGAUUUACUGCUGACUUGGUGAACAAUAAAGAUAGGGGAGAUCGAAGUUAUUUGAAUCAUAGUGAAGAAAUAAAAAAAUGGCGUAAUUCAUUUUUUGURUCAUUACUGUUUGGUGGUCCAUGCAUGAUUGCUAUGAUUUAUUUUAUGAUGGGUAUGACAUUUAACUUAAUUGAUCAUUCUUCUAUGUGUUGUGUGAUUCCUGGGCUUUCGCUUGAAAAUUUGAUUAUGUUUCUUUUAUCUACUCCAGUUCAGUUUAUUGGAGGUUGGCAUUUUCAUGUACAAGCUUGGAAAGCUGUACGUCAUUAUACAACCAAUAUGGAUGUUCUUGUAUCAGUAGCCACUAGCAUUUCUUAUGUAUACUCAGUCAUUGUUGUUCUUAUUGCAAUCACUGAAACGCCAGCUAAACAUACUAGUCCAAUGACUUUCUUUGAUACACCACCUAUGCUAUUUGUGUUUAUAUCCCUUGGUCGAUGGAUGGAACAUAUUGCUAAAGGUAAAACAUCUGAAGCCCUCUCUAAAUUAUUAUCCUUAAAAGCUACGGAUGCUCUGUUGGUGACAAUUACUGAUGACUUUAAAAUAUUAACUGAAAAAGAAAUCAAUGUUGACCUUGUUAAACGAGGAGAUAUCCUUAAGGUAUUACCUAACACAAAAGUUCCAGUUGAUGGAAAAGUUAUUCAUGGGCGAUCAGCGUGUGAUGAGUCUUUGAUUACUGGAGAGUCUAUGCCAGUGAACAAAAAGCCAAGUAGCUUAAUAAUAGGAGGUUCAUUAAAUCAGACAGCUCCUCUACUUAUGGUUGCUACGUAUACAGGAGAAGCAACUAUGUUAGCUCAGAUUGUACGACUAGUAGAGCAAGCUCAAACAUCUAAAGCUCCAAUUCAACAGUUUGCUGAUCGUAUUGCUGGUUAUUUUGUUCCUGCCGUAGUAGCAAUAUCUACUAUCACACUUGUAUCGUGGCUUUUCAUUGGUCGCUAUUAUACUAAAUAUCUACCUAUUUCUGACGACGAAAAAUAUGGUCCAGAUGGAUGGGAAAAUGCUAUUCAAUACUCAUUUAGAUGUGCAUUGAGUGUUCUGGCCAUUGCUUGUCCAUGUGCACUUGGUUUGGCCACUCCAACAGCUGUUAUGGUUGGAACUGGUAUUGGUGCUCUUAACGGUAUACUGAUAAAAGGUGCUGACGCAUUAGAAAAUGCUCAUAAAGUCAAAUAUGUUGUGUUUGAUAAAACUGGUACUAUUACAUACGGAAAGCCCACUGUAUCAAGGAUUUGUCUAUUUGUAGACGACAUGAUCUGUUCGCUCAGUCUAUUAUUAUCCAUAGUUGCUAACGCUGAAAUUAGUAGUGAACAUCCUUUAGCUUCUGCUCUGGUGAAAUUUAUAAAAGAAGUAUUUAAAUGUGAGAUAUCUGGAAAAUGUGAACGUUUUCAAUCUGUUGCUGGGUGCGGUAUUAAGUGUGUUGUCUCUCAUAUUGAUGACUUAUUCAAAAAUGGAACUAAAUCCGAUUUCAUUAUGAACUACCAAAACCAUUUAAGAAGUGGAACGAAUGAAUCAUCAUUUGAAUAUAACAACAUAAUUGUUGAACUGGUUUUAGGAAAACCACCUACUCAAGUUCAAUCAAUGCAAUUACAUAAAUUUUUAGAUAUUAAUGAAGAGAAAAAACCAAAUGAAACCAAAUAUGAAGUAAAAAAAAAUCAUAUAUAA